UGACCGCCAUUAGUGCAAAUUUCUCCACCUUCGCCCACUGGACCCCUCCAACCAUCCCCCACUGCUCCAUUCUUUAUUAUACUAUCGGCCAAAGCUUCCUCCAUUUUCCCAGUCAAAGUCUCUCAACUCCUUCCCCCCCAUCUCUCUCUUUCUUCAAAGAUUCCUCCACAAUUCCACCAUCUUAAAUAUUUCUGAGCUCCGAGUCUCUGCACCCAACUGGAAGGAAACUGGUAAGGCUGUGGGAUUUUGGGCCUGUUCCAUGGGGAUUUGCUUGAGCUCCAGAAUUAAAGCUGUUAGCACAUGCAGUACAGGAGGAACCUCAAACGGCGUUAGCAGGGAUGCAACUGAUCUCUCUAGUUCAAGCAGCAACAGCAAGUUCUCAUCAAUGUCAAUUCCUCGGAGCGAGGAUGAGAUCUUGCAAUCCUCAAAUCUGAAGAGUUUCAGUUUUGCAGAACUUAAACUGGCAACUAAGAAUUUCCGUCCUGAUAGUUUGUUAGGGGAAGGUGGGUUUGGUUCGGUUUAUAAAGGUUGGAUUGACGAGCAUUCACUCGCUGCUGCCAAGCCAGGGUCCGGCAUGGUUGUUGCGGUGAAAAGGCUUAACCUAGAUGGUUUCCAAGGUCACAAGGAGUGGCUGGCUGAAGUCAAUUUUCUGGGCCAACUUCAUCAUUCUCACCUAGUGAAACUGAUAGGCUAUGGUUUGGAAGACGAACAUCGGUUACUGGUGUACGAAUUCCUUACCCGAGGCAGCUUGGAAAAUCAUUUGUUUAGGAGGGGGUUGUAUUUUCAACCUCUUUCUUGGAGUCUUCGCAUGAAGAUCGCUCUAGGCGCUGCGAAGGGUCUGGCUUUUCUUCACAGUGAUGAAAAUAAAGUGAUCUAUCGCGAUUUCAAGACAUCAAAUAUACUACUUGAUUCGAACUACAAUGCUAAGCUUUCUGAUUUCGGGCUUGCUAAGGAUGGACCUACGGGCGACAAAAGUCACGUCUCGACCAGAAUCAUGGGGACGUAUGGAUAUGCAGCUCCUGAGUAUCUAGCCACAGGUCACUUAAGUGCCAAAAGUGAUGUGUAUAGUUUCGGGGUUGUUCUGUUGGAGAUGUUGUCUGGUCGAAGAGCUAUUGACAAGAAUCGACCACCGGGGGAACAGAAUCUGGUCGARUGGGCCAAACCGUUCCUUGCAAAUAAACGCAAGACUUUUCGUUUACUCGACGGACGAAUCGAACGCAACUACUCCAUGGAUUCAGCUUUCAGAGUAGCAAUCCUUGCAUCACGUUGCCUAUCUGUAGAACCCAAGUUCAGGCCGAGCAUGAACGAAAUUGUAACAACAUUGAAGGAUCUCCAGGAUUCCAAAGGAACUGGGGCUCCCGGGAACAGAAGAUCCAGGACUUGUAAGCAAACCUCAGGCAAUGGUAAUAACACACAUGCCGAGGUCGCUGCUUACCCUAGACCAUCUGCUUCUGCCCUCUUUACAUAAGAUCGGGUUCAGAAGAACAUAGCGGAAAAUCGUGGAGAUUGGAGGAACAAAAUGCGGAUUAGGCAGGCUCGAACGRUUGUAUAGCUCUUAAUAGUUCUUUUUUUCCACUGAUGUAUUCUUACACUACAUUGGUACAUGAGAAAUAGGUAGCAAGUUGAAAAUGCUGCUGCUGUAGUAGUGAUGGGUAUAGCUAUUUUAUUUUGUGUUUCAGUUUUGGAAUGCUUUUUCUUCUUUUUCAGAUUUCUGUCAGGUGGGAUCUGUUUUUUUUUUUUUUUUUGAGUUUUUUGUAAAAUUAAUAGUUAAAUUAAUGAAAGAGAAUCUCAAAAGUGUUAUAUUCUUUAAUGCAAA